AUGGUGCGCCCUUGGCCGGGGCCACUGGAGCCGCCCCGGGAGCUGGGCGUCGGGGACGACGCGGCUCGCGGGCCGGAGCGGACAAGCGGGGUGGGGCGCCUCGGGGAGACGCGCGCCCCGGCGGAAGCUCGGUCAAGUUCAGGGGAGGAGGCAGCCGACGCGCUCGACAGCGGAGACUCCGGAGCGCUGCAGGAAGCGAGGGGCGGCGGCGGCCGCGCCCAGGCGGACUCUGCGGCGGCGGGGGCGGGAUGCGGUGAAGGCCGGCCAGGGGCCCCGGAGGAGAUGAGCGCCUCGGCGGCCACCGGAGUCUUCGUGCUGUCCCUCUCCGCUAUCCCCGCCACUUACGUCUUCAACCACCUGGCAGCUCAUCGCAAUUCCUGGACAAUUGUAGCUGCUGGAGUACUGGUUCUACUCUUUGUAGCUUUGUUGGCUCGGGCCCUUGUGAAGAGAAAACCACCUCGAGAUCCUCUGUUUUAUGUUUAUGCAGUGUUUGCUUUUACCAGUGUAGUGAACCUUAUUAUAGGACUUGAACAAGAUGGUAUAAUUGAUGGAUUCAUGACAUAUUACUUGAAAGAGGGUGAACCAUAUCUGAACACUGCCUAUGGGCAUGUGAUCUGUUAUUGGGAUGGUUCUGCUCAUUAUAUGAUGUAUCUUGUUAUGGUGGCAGCAAUAGCAUGGGAGGAAAAUUACAGAUCGAUUGGCUUGUACUGGGUGGGCUCUAUUACCAUGAGCGUCGUUGUCUUUCUUCCUGGAAACGUUGUAGGAAAGUAUGGAACAAGAAUUUGUCCUGCCAUUUUCUUAAGCCUGCCAUACAUUUGUCUUCCCAUAUGGGCUGGUUUCAGGAUCUAUAGCCAGCCAGUAGAAACAUACAGCUACCCUUCAAAGGUUGUUCAAGAAGCCCAGAAGAAGGGAUUGUUAAGAAGACCAUUUGAUUUGAUCUUUGUUACGUAUCUCAUCUUAGCAACAGGAUUUUGCAUAUUUAGAGGUUUGAUUGCUUUGGAUUGCCCUGCUGAGCUCUGCCGACUAUACAUACAGUUUCAAGAACCCUACAUAAGAGAUCCUGCUGCUUAUCCCAAACUUCAGAUGCUGGCAUAUAUGUUUUAUUCGGUUCCAUUCUUUGUGAUUGCACUCUAUGGCCUUAUGGUUCCUGGAUGUUCUUGGAUGCCUGACAUAACACUCAUUCAUGCUGGAGGACUAGCUCAGGCUCAGUUUUCCCACAUUGGUGCUUCUCUUCAUGCCAGAACUCCUUUUGUCUACAGAGUCCCUGAGGAGGCUAAAAUGUUUUUCCUAGUAUUAAACAUAGUUUAUGGAAUUCUUCCUCAGUUGCUGGCCUAUCGAUGUGUCUACAAACCAGAGUUUUUCAUGAAAACAAACACAGAUGAGAAAGAGGAGUAAAAAUCACUUCACAUUUUUUUUUAUAUAUCUAGGUUAUUGGCUUUUGCUAUAACUGGAAUACUGAUCUAAGCUCUCCCUCAAAGUGUAUUAUUAGAAUACACACAAUUUUAUUGCCAUACACUGUAUGUAUAAAUUGUACUAUAACAUUUGCAGAUAAAUUUGUUCAUUUUUGAAAAGGGAAUACUAAUUUGACUAGGAAAAAUGUUUAAACUGAGUGAUUUAAAAAUGUUUUCUAAAUAAUUUGUGAAUAAACUUUUGGUAUUUCCUACUACUCAGUGAUUAUAUUAUUUCAUUAUUUUAUUUGCACAAAUGUAAUUAUUGAAACAUCAACAGUUAAUAGUAUUAUGAAAUUGAACCUAUGCUGAACUGCUUUGAAGCACAGAAAUAAACCUACAUGGGAACAAAAGUGAUCUGUAUACAUUUAUCACUGAAGAAAGAGUUUCCUCAUAACAAACAUAUAUUUGAGGGGGAGAAAACUAACAAUCAGGCUUGUAUUUUCUAAUACCAAUCUCAAUGUGAAAUGCAAACCAUUUCCUUUUAGAAAAUGCUGUUUUAAACAGUGUUUUCUCAAUUAUAAAGAUACUACUCUUUACAAUGCUUUUGUUAAUGUUUUUGUUUGGAAAAAUCACCCCCAGAAGAAGGACCUGCUAAAUUUCUUCCCUUU